AAGUUUGAUGAGAAGCUGAAGUGAGGGGUGACCUCAACAAACCGCUAAUUCAUAUUGCCGGAAUCUGUUAAUGUCAGCACGCAGCAAUGAACCAUGGUCGACCCAGGAGGUGCAGACCUUUCUGGGUAUCAUUGGUGAAGAACGUGUGUGUGAAGGGAAUUUGAUGGCAUGGUGAGAAACGAAAAGGUUUACCAGCAUGUUUCUGAGAGGAUGGAUGCGGAGGGGUUCCAGCGGACAUCCAAGCAGUGCAACAUUAAACGCAAGAAGCUGCGGAGUGACUACCGGAAGGUGAAAAACCAAAAGCCAAAAGGUAUAAACCAAAAGAAUUGGAAGUGGUUCGAUAUGAUGGAUGCCGUUUAUGGACACAGACCGGCGAGUUUGGGAAGAGGAGGCGGCAUCGAUAUGGCCAUCUCUCUGCUGGAGUCAGUGAUGGAGUCUGCCGUUGAGGAUCCUAGCUCUCAGAAGGAAACCACAGAGAGUCUUGACAAGAGGUUGUCCACCUGUGAGAGCUCGAGCUUGAGUUCGCCUGCCCGGACAUUGACACCGACACCACCAGAAUCAGUUCCAUCACCUCCGAAUGUACCCCGGUGUAAACACAUCAGCCCAGGUAGAGAUGCAGGCAGCUGAUGAGAGGCAGCAGGAGUGGUUGGAGAGGAUGAAAGACCAUCGUGACCUGCUCUUUGAGAUGAUGCUGUAGGAUGCCCUUGAGGCAAGGCAGCAUGAGGCUGAAGUCACUUGGCAACACAUGGAGCAGUCUGCAAGGUUCAAUCAGGCCUUCCUCUGCACACUCAGUCAGCUGGUGCAGGUGUUGAGUAGUCGCCAUGACCCUGUGCCACCAUCCAGCAACUAGUGCUUUGCACACAGCUUAACAAAAAAGACUUAACACUUAUUUGACACUUUUUUGUUUGUACAAAACUGUUUUUCUGUUGUUGCACAGCACAUUGUAUUUUAAGCAUUUGU